AUGGGCAGAGUAUUCAUGGGUGAUAUGCGCGUACUAACCUUAAAAGGCAAUAAUGGCGGCAAAUUUGGCUAUGACAGGCGCAGAACAAACCCGACAAGUGCGAGUGCGAUCAAAGGUCUGUCCAUGGUAAGAGUCUACAUUUCCUGA